AUGAUAGAGCCUGGGGACAAAGAGUCCUCCUCUGAUGAUGAUGACAUGCAAACGGUUCGCCACAGGUCUUUGAGACAUGCUGAAGAAGGAUCUUCAACUGUUGGUGAAGGCACAUCUGCUUCCCAAGCUCCAGCGCCAACUGUUGUGAACCACUCUCCAACUCCUGCGGGCGCUGUAGAUAACGCACAAUUGGCCUUGAUACCAGUGCAGAUCAUAGAUGACAGCUCCCCGGAGGCUGAAAAUAGAGUACUGCCACUGGACGCCCCUCACGAGGAACCAAGCGACGUUCCUGUCCUGGAACAGAUAGCGCCUGACUCGAUUCCUGUUCCCAGCGAAGCUAGCCCAGAGACAAUGCUCGCGAUCAUUGUGUAUGAGCCCCCAAUCGAAGAGGUUCCGAACGUCGUUGGAACUGGGGACGAUGUAAUCGGAGCAGCAGAAGAAGAAGCUGCUGAGCCUGUUCCUAACGUGGUUGAUCAGGAACUUCCUCCCCCUGCCCCCCAAGUCGCUGAAGCUGAAGAAUUGGAAGACCUUCCUGAACCAGCGCCGGAGGUACCUGAACCAGUGCCAGAAGUACCUAUCGCUGAACCUCCUGAGGUCCCUGUCGCUGAGUCUCCUACUCCUUCUACUUUGGAAAGGGUCUUAGAAUACUUGAGGGUGCUCCUCCGCGAGGGAGCCAUCACUGAGGAACAAUUCCAGGAAAUCGAUCAACUGUUGCAGGAUCUUCCUCAAGGGCUCAACGAGCGGGCAGUCGCGAAUGCGCAAGCCAGGCAGACCGAAAUGCAUUAUCAGAACCUUAAUCAGCAAACGGAGACCGCGCGCGACGUCUUGGGUGACCAAGCUAACCUCAUCAGGGACCUGACGCUUGAGAGGAACCACUUGAGGUCCCAAAUUCAGGCCUUUCAAGCCCGGUUAACCGAUGUUACUGCUAUGCUCGUUCAUGCAGAGCCUCAGUUGGAACAACCCCUCGCUGCUCUCGAGACGUUAUCCCAAGAACUGGCUCAGGCACACGUGGCAGCCCAACAAGCCGCACAAGCUGCUGCAGAUGCCAGUUUUCGUUUGGAUGAACUCUUCCUUCGCCUGACUCAUGCAGGCCGAAGACUUUUGGGCCCCUAG